CCUACAAUGUACAAUACCAUGCGGAGCACACUGCAAACUGUUCCCGAAUCCGUGCCCGCCGACCGUGUUACUAACUCAAAAAAUUGCGUGUGAAGCGUCGACAUUGUAUUGGAUUGAAUACUCUAAAAACUCUGGCUAAGCCUGUGGAGGAGCUACGGUUUUAAUAUCACGUCAUGGCCGAUCGUGACAGUCACGUGGUGGAGUCACGUGGUAUUGGUAAUGUACAAAGUGGACGUAACUCGUUUGGUCCAAUAAGGAGAACCCUCCUGACAGUGGCACCAAGGGCAAGUCAGGUGCACGAGAAUAACAGGGCUGGUUCACCGGCAUUGGAGAGUUUGAAGCAGUGGGAAUUGGUGGAGGGUGAUCGUGGCCUGCGGGUUGUUGAGAAAAAAAAUAAUGCUACAACUGUACCGAUAAAAAGUACCAAGAGUUACGCAGCACCAGUGCCGCCAGUGAGAACAAUAAUUAAUGAGGAAUUGGCUCGUAAAUUCAAGGCAUUUGAGAAAUCAAGCAUUGUGCAGGUGAUACCGCCGUCAAAAAUGAACGAUCAGGUGGACAGUAAAGUGCCCAUAAGCUUGAAUGCUAUAUUAAAGCAAACCGACGAGCCCAGGGGGGUGGACAAAAGUAUUGAUGUACUUGACAAACUUGAGAGACAGGUGAAGGCUAUUGAGAUGAACACAAUUGCCAAUAAAUCCCCGGGGAUACUUCAGGACAGCUGCGAUUUACAACCGGAAAUACAGCUUCGAUACAGGGAACACGAGGACCUGUUGAACAACGUCACCGACGACGAGGCUGAGGGGGCAAUGCCAUUGCAACGAGGAGAGCCAACAAGAAAUUCCACUGGGACUGCCGGUAUUGUCACUAGGAGACAGCCGGUUAAAUUAGCUAGAACAGCAUCUGAUACGAGAAGAUGCCAAGAUACGGAAAUGCCACUGCGUGUGUCCAGGGCUCAACAGUCACGUGGUAUCAGGCCAGUUGUGACGAAGAGAGAGGAUCGACAACAGCAGGUACGCGAAACUGGGGGUAUCAGACCUAUCACUGACAUCAUGCCGAAGGUUACACAAGCUGGUCCUCAGAAGGUCGGAGAUGGCGUGGGAGUGUCGAGCAGCGGCGGUCGGCUAUCAUCGAGAAGCCGAACCUCCGACGAGCCCCACAUCGGCAAGUACAAGUUACUAAAAACUAUUGGCAAAGGUAACUUCGCUAAGGUUAAACUUGCCAAGCAUGUACCAACCGGCAAGGAAGUGGCUAUCAAGAUCAUUGACAAGACCCAGCUGAAUCCAGGCAGUCUUCAAAAGCUCUUCCGUGAAGUAAGGAUAAUGAAGAUGUUGGAUCAUCCCAAUAUAGUUAAACUGUUCCAAGUAAUCGAGACUGAAAAGACAUUGUACCUGGUGAUGGAGUAUGCUAGUGGUGGUGAAGUAUUCGAUUACUUGGUGUUGCAUGGUAGAAUGAAGGAGAAAGAGGCUAGAGCAAAAUUCAGGCAAAUUGUAUCAGCCGUACAGUACUGCCAUCAGAAGAAAAUCAUUCACAGGGAUUUAAAAGCUGAAAAUUUAUUAUUAGACAGUGAAAUGAAUAUUAAAAUUGCUGAUUUUGGAUUCAGCAAUGAAUUCACACCUGGCAACAAAUUAGAUACAUUCUGUGGCUCGCCACCUUAUGCGGCACCUGAAUUAUUUCAAGGAAAAAAAUAUGAUGGUCCGGAGGUGGACGUUUGGUCACUGGGUGUUAUUCUCUAUACAUUAGUAUCUGGCUCACUGCCAUUCGACGGUUCAACCUUAAGGGAAUUAAGGGAACGUGUAUUGAGAGGAAAAUAUCGAAUACCAUUUUAUAUGUCAACUGACUGUGAAAAUCUACUGAAAAAAUUCCUGGUGCUCAAUCCGACGAAGCGAGCCUCACUUGAGGUACGUGGUGAUAAGAAUAUCAUGAAAGAUAAGUGGAUGAACAUGGGUUAUGAGGAUGAUGAGUUGAAACCGUACUUAGAACCAGAACCAGAUUACAAAGACCACAAGAGGAUAGGUGAGUCUGCCAAAGCCCUAGCCAUUCUUGGAUACACGAGGGGUGAAAUCGAGGAGUCGUUGGGACAAGCCAAGUAUGACGAUGUAUUCGCUACCUAUCUUUUACUUGGCCGAAAGACGACUGAUCCCGAGAGUGAUGGUUCCCGAUCAGGCAGUUCGCUCUCACUCCGCAAUAUACCGCCGCAAGUUGGUUCAGGUGGUGGUGGUUCAGGAGGUGGUACCGGUGGUACCGUACAAAGUCCAUCACACAGAGGUGUUCAUCGGAGUAUUUCUGCAAGCAAUCCUAAACCCAGUAGACGUGCUUCCUCUGGUGGUGAAACUCUUCGCGGAGCCCCAAGUCCAGGUAACGCAACGAAUCACAACCAUGCGACAACUGGUACAGGUGGUACAGUAACAUCAACUGGUGGUAGUAAUUUCAAACGUCAAAAUACUGUUGAUGCAGCUACCAUCAAGGAGAAUAGUGCGCGUGUAUCAGCAGCGAGGCCAGCAGCACCAAAAAAUAGUCCUGGACAGCUCGAUACCAUGACAAUGUUCAUUCUAGGCGUCGGUACGAGUCCCGGUGGAAAAGCCAGAGUUGGAAAGAGUAAUACGAUAAAUACCGGAGUUGCUGGUGUACGACCGUUGACAUCACCAGCUCCGGGAACAGUCGGCAGACGCAGUACUAUAUCGUACGAUCAAGCCAAGACAUCGUCAUCGUCUACGGAAAGAACUAAUGAUGUACCAAGCUUAACCGAGGGCACUAGGCCAACACGUGGUCAUAUCAAGUCAGCCAGCAUCAGUGCAAGUCACCGUUCCUCGAGUGGAGUACCACCGAGUGACAAUUCACUACUGGAUAAUCAACCACGGAACGCUCACAACUCAUUACUCGCAACUGCUGAUCCUCUUAGACAGAGCUUGGGGGUGUCACCGAGUAAUAGAUUGACAACACCCACAACGCCAGCAUUUCCAAGGAAUGUUCCCAGUCGCAGUACGUUCCAUUCUGGUCAAAACCGAGCACAGCGAAAUCAUACUCAGGGACAUACUCACACACAGGAUACGAGUGCGAUAAGUCCACUAGCCAGGCCAUCUUUCUUCUCAAAACUCUCUUCGAGGUUCUCGAAACGGUUUUCUAAGUGAAAAGGUGGACGAUGAGUUCGCCAUGUUUUCUUCACGGUGAAACGAGUUUGCGAGUUGUAUCAAGCCUGGGGGCUCUCACGCAUCGGCAAUUACAAUUGCCAAAAAGCGAAACAAAUAAUUAAACAGAAAUUCACAAUAAGAAGGAAAAGAAGGAAAAAAUAUAGUUAAUAAAUGAUGAAGUACGAAUAGAAGUGUAUAAUUAUUUUUUCACUAAUGACAGAAGAUGGAAAGAAAGAAGAGAAGAAUUAAAAAAUUUCAAUUAGAAUUUAAUGAGACAGGGGAAAGCAUUAACUCACGUGGGGGUACUUGUUAUGUAUUAUAAAUAAAAUGAAAAGGAGAUAAAAAAAUGAAACAAAUUGGCCAAUGAUCGGCAUCAAUCCGUGAUUAAUUUAUAUUCAAUCAAAGAAUCAAAUACUCAAUUGACAAUUUCUCAAACGAUUUUAAAAUUGAGUUUUUUUAGGUGUAAUUAAGUAUUAUUAGCAAAAAAAAUGAAGUAUCUUUGAUUCUUCGGAGGAAAGUGGAAAUUCAGUUAUGCGUUUAAGAGAGAAAAAUCAAUUCAAAAUAAAAUGAGGUUCAGGCUGUUUUUUUUAAUUUCUUUGCAUUCUCAUUAGGUUUGACUGUGAUCUCAAUAUUCUCUGCGUGAAACCCGAAUAUAAUGUUCAAUUAUUAUUUUCUUCUUUUUUCCUUUUCGCUUCAAUCGAAUUUAGCUCCGUUAUUAUUUCCCUUUCUGUCGUAUCAUUAAUCACUUUUGAUUUUAUUUCAUUAUGUACAAUGACUACAGAAUGCAUUUUUAGGGAUAAUGGAAAAGUAAUGAGAGAAUAGUUAAGUUCCUAAAAGAAAAUAGAAUUGAGUCGCCGAAGAUGAACAUGAUUUCGUAUUAUUGAUAAUUAAACAGCUUGUUCGUCAGACUUUCCAACAAUUUUUUUUUUCAAUAAUCAAAUAUACAUGAAAUAUAUUCGGGAUGCAUUGGCUCUUAUCAAAUAACCGAGAUUGUACAAAACUACGAAUCAAUAUGCAUUUUUUUUGUCCACAAGAAUCAUUAAAUUGGAAAAAAACAAUAUCAUAUAAAAAAUUUACUCCAUUCAGUCGCAAUUGUGUAUCUGAAUUCAAUGAACGAUUCCCGACAAUCGACUAAGAAUGACGAAAAAAAAAGAAUUAGUAGAUGGGAAAUGAAAAAUCAGCUUAAUUGCGCGUAGAAUCGUGGCUUUUUUAUCCAAUCAUUGUUACUGCUCUUGUGUGAUUCAACGCAAUGCAAAUAAUGAGUGAUACAUCAUUGUCAUUGUUCUUCAUAAAGAGAGAUCCGUUAAACGCUUUAUUCAUGAUAAAUUUUAAAAAGAAUAAUGCAACUCGUGGCUGGAAAGUCAUAUUUUAUUUCAGUUUAUCUCGUACCAUUCGAUUUAUUAGCGUGAAUCCCCAAUAAGGUCACAAUGAUGAAAAAUAGUUAAUUAUUAUCAAUAGUUGAAUGUAAUUUCGCCGAGUGGCUUCGAAUAAAGAACAUGACUUUGCAUAGCAUCAACACUUUUGGAUUAAGCCACGCUAUCAGUUAACAUUUUUUUAAAAUAAUUUUUUGUAUUUUUUUUGUGAUUUUUUUCUUCUAUUCAAUGUUGUCCAGUAGCAUGCAUAAAGACCGGUAAUCGUUUUACUAUGGAAAAAAAAAUUGCAUGAAUGACUGUAGAAAAUUGUAAAGCGAUGAAGUAUUGAGAGAGAUAAUCAAUCUGAGUAAGUGGGUAACACUCUUGCAAUGAGAAAAAUAAAAUGAGUGAAAGAGAAAAAAUGACAAAAAAUUACCCGUGGCCAACUGGUAAGUCGGUGUGUCGCAGUGAUACGAACAUGAAGUAACAUUUGGUGAAAGAGAGAGCGAGAGAUAUUAAUUAAUGAAUUAGAACACUACAAUAUUAUAUAAGUAAUUAAUAGCAAACAUUUAUAUUAAU